GGGCAGGUGUGGACCAUGGCCUCCCACCAGCUGCUGGUGUCGCCCCCAGAGGCUCUUCGGAAGCCCCUCUCUGUCCCCAGCAGACUCCUGCUAGGGCCCGGCCCCUCUAACCUGACCCCGAGAGUCAUGGCCGUGGGGAGCCUCCCGCUAAUCGGCCUCAUGCACAAGGAGAUGUUCCAGAUAAUGGAUGACAUCAAGCAAGGUAUCCAGUACGUGUUCCAGACCCAGAACCUGCUCACACUGGCCGUCAGUGGCUCGGGACACAGCGCCCUGGAGGCUGCCCUGUUCAACGUGCUGGAGCCGGGGGACUCCUUCCUGGUGGGGGCCAACGGCGUCUGGGGGCUCCGGGCCGCAGACAUUGGGGAGCGCAUUGGAGCCCGCGUGCACACCAUGCUCAAGGACCCCGGAGGCCACUACACGCUGCAGGAGGUGGAGGAGGGCCUGUCCCAGCACAAGCCAGCACUUCUGUUCCUGACCCAUGGGGAGUCAUCCAGUGGUGUGCUUCAGCCCCUUGACGGCUAUGGGGAGCUCUGCCACCGGUACAAGUGCCUGCUCCUCGUGGACUCUGUGGCCUCCCUGGGUGGGGCCCCCAUCUACAUGGACCAGCAAGAGAUCGACAUCCUGUACUCGGGCUCCCAGAAGGUCCUGAACUCCCCCCCAGGAACCUCAAUCAUAUCCUUCAGUGACAAGGCCCAAAGUAAGAUCUACGCCCGGAAGACAAAGCCCUGCUCCUUCUACCUGGACAUGAAGGGUCUGGCCAACUUUUGGGGCUGUGAAGACAAGCCCAGGAUAUACCAUCAUACUGUCCCCAUCAUCAGCUUGUACAGCCUGCGGGAGAGCCUGGCCACCAUAGCGGAGCAGGGCCUGGAGAGCAGCUGGCGGCAGCACCGGGAGGCCGCAGCCUACCUGCAUGGGCGCCUGCAGGCACUGGGCCUGCAGCUCUUUGUCAAGAACCCAGCACUCCGGCUGCCCACAAUCACCACAGUGGCCAUGCCUGCUGGCUACGACUGGAGGGACAUCGUCAGCUAUGUCAUGGACCACUUCAACAUCGAGAUCAUGGGUGGCCUUGGGCCCUCGGUGGGGAAGGUGCUACGAAUUGGUCUGCUGGGCUGCAACGCUACCCGGGAGAAUGUGGACCGUGUGAUCGAGGCCCUGAAGGAGGCCCUGCAGCGCUGCCCCCGGAACAAGCUGUGA